CAGCGCCAACAUGAAAAACACGAGGAGCCCGAACUCGUGCGCUGCGAUAAUGUUAUGCUGAGAAUAUUUUCACUGUGAAUUCCCGACCACAAGGUAAGAAAUGAAGAUGAGGCUGGUUCUGUGUUAUCUGACACUCUUUGGCUCCAGUUACGUCAUAUCGACCUACGGACCGCAGCAAAGAGCUCAGAUGACUGGAGACAUAUUACUGGGGGGGCUUUUCCCAAUUCACUUUGGGGUUUCAUCCAAAGACCAGGACCUUGCGGCGCGACCAGAAUCCACACAGUGUACCAGGUUCAAUUUCCGUGGAUUCCGUUGGCUCCAGGCCAUGAUAUUUGCCAUCGACGAGAUAAAUAACAGCAGCUCCCUGCUGCCCAACAUCACGCUGGGCUACAGGAUCUUUGACACGUGCAACACAGUCUCAAAGGCCCUGGAAGCUACGCUGAGUUUCGUGGCCCAAAAUAAGAUCGACUCCCUGAAUUUGGACGAAUUCUGCAACUGCACCGAUCACAUCCCAUCAACCAUUGCGGUGGUAGGAGCUGCUGGGUCUGCAGUCUCCACGGCAGUUGCAAACCUGCUGGGCCUUUUUUAUAUUCCUCAGAUCAGCUACGCUUCCUCCAGCCGUUUACUGAGCAACAAGAAUCAGUACAAGUCCUUCAUGAGAACCAUCCCCAACGAUGAAUACCAGGCCACGGCCAUGGCAGACAUCAUCGAGUACUUCGAGUGGAACUGGGUAAUCGCAGUGGCCUCAGAUGACGACUACGGGCGUCCGGGAAUUGAGAAGUUUGAGAAGGAAAUGGAGGAGCGCGACAUCUGCAUCCACCUCAAUGAACUUAUCUCUCAGUACGCCGAGGAUCAUGAAAUCCAAGCUUUGGUGGACAGGAUUGAGAACUCCACGGCUAAAGUCAUCGUCGUCUUUUCCAGUGGCCCAGACAUUGAGCCCUUAAUCAAAGAAAUGGCGAGGAGAAACAUCACGGACCGCAUCUGGUUGGCCAGCGAGGCCUGGGCCAGCUCCUCCCUCAUUGCCAAACCAGAGUAUCUGGAUGUUGUGGCGGGAACUAUUGGCUUCGCGCUGAAGGCGGGACAGAUACCUGGUUUUAGAGAGUUCCUACAGCAGGUCCAACCGAAGAAGGACAGUCACAACCAGUUUGUCAGGGAGUUUUGGGAGGAGACCUUCAACUGUUACCUGGAGGACAGUCCACGACUGCAGGAGAGCGGCAGCACCAGCUUCAGGCCUCUGUGCACCGGGGAGGAGGACAUCACAAGUGUGGAGACCCCGUAUUUGGACUUCACCCACCUCAGAAUCUCCUACAACGUUUAUGUCGCGGUCUACGCCAUUGCUCAUGCCCUGCAGGACAUUCUCACCUGCACACCUGGACACGGGCUGUUCGCCAACAAUUCCUGUGCAGAUAUAAAGAAAAUGGAGGCGUGGCAGGUCCUGAAGCAGCUCCGACACCUGAACUACACCAACAGCAUGGGGGUCAAGAUCCACUUUGGUGAAAACGCAGACCUGGCAGCGAACUACACCAUCAUGAACUGGCACCGGUCGGCUGAGGACGGCUCCGUGGUUUUCCGAGAGGUGGGGUAUUACAACGUGCACGCUAAGAGGGGCGCCAAGCUGUUCAUCGACAAGACAAGGAUUCUGUGGAAUGGAUACAGCACAGAGGUCCCGUUCUCCAACUGCAGUGAGGACUGUGAGCCUGGCACCAGGAAGGGCAUCAUCGACAGUAUGCCCACGUGCUGCUUUGAAUGCACCGAGUGUUCUGAUGGGGAGUACAGCAACCACAAAGAUGCCAGUGUUUGCACUAAGUGUCCCAAUAACUCCUGGUCCAAUGGGAACCACACGUCCUGCUUCCUGAAGGAGAUUGAGUUUUUGUCCUGGACUGAACCUUUUGGAAUAGCUCUGACUAUCUGUGCGGUGCUGGGCGUGGCCCUGACCGGCUUCGUCAUGGCCGUCUUCGUUAGGUUUCGCAACACUCCGAUCGUGAAGGCCACAAAUCGGGAGCUGUCCUACGUCCUCCUGUUUUCACUCAUCUGCUGCUUCUCCAGCUCCUUCAUCUUCAUCGGGGAGCCGCAGGACUGGACCUGUCGUUUACGCCAGCCGGCCUUCGGAAUCAGCUUCGUUCUCUGCAUCUCCUGCAUCCUGGUGAAGACCAACCGAGUGCUUUUGGUGUUCGAGGCCAAGAUCCCCACCAGUCUUCAUCGUAAAUGGUGGGGGUUGAACCUCCAGUUUCUCUUGGUGUUUCUUUGCACCUUCGUCCAGGUCAUGAUCUGUGUGGUCUGGCUCUAUAAUGCCCCGCCUUCUAGCUACAGAAACUACGACAUUGAUGAAAUGAUAUUUAUCACUUGUAACGAGGGAUCAGUGAUGGCUCUUGGGUUUCUCAUUGGCUACACCUGCCUGCUGGCAGCCAUUUGUUUCUUCUUUGCCUUUAAAUCACGAAAACUUCCGGAGAACUUCACAGAAGCCAAGUUCAUCACUUUCAGCAUGCUGAUCUUCUUCAUCGUGUGGAUCUCUUUUAUUCCGGCUUAUUUUAGCACCUACGGGAAGUUCGUUUCAGCCGUGGAGGUCAUCGCCAUCCUCGCGUCCAGUUUCGGCCUGUUGGCCUGUAUCUUCUUCAACAAGGUCUACAUCAUCCUCUUCAAACCCUUCAGGAACACCAUCGAGGAGGUCAGGUGCUGCACCGCGGCUCAUGCCUUCAAAGUGGCCGCAAAAGCCACGCUGAAACAAAGCACAGCGUCCAGGAAAAAGUCGGGCAGCAUUGGUGGCUCCUCCGCCUCGACUCCGUCCUCGUCCAACAGCCUGAAGACCAACGGCAACGACUCCGCGUCGGGAAGGCACCAGCCCCGGGUUAGCUUCGGCAGCGGAACCGUUACUUUGUCCUUGAGUUUUGAAGAGUCAAGGAGAAGCUCUUUGAUGUAGCGCCCUCUGCAGUAUCUUUUAAACAUUUUUGAACUUUUUUUCAUGAAUUAUCAGAAACAACUCGUUAUAGUAGAGAAAACCGUCAGUCGACCAAUUAACUUCACGGGUCGACUGACAUUUACAGUGUAU